AUGAAAGAGCACAAUGGGCUCCUCAAGACCGCCCUUGAGGCGGGGCAGGCGCAGAUGGCCAUUUGCGAGUCCAUGCACGAAGACAACCGUCUGCUCAAUCAAGAGCUACGAGCAGUCAGCGACGAGCUGCGAAGAGUCAAGGACGAGUUUGGCGCGGUCAAGAAGGAGAUUGGCGCGAUCAAAGACGAGAUCGGCACGAUCAAAGCCGAACUGCGAACGACCGAGGCGCAAGGGGUGGUAGAGGUCCAAAAGAUGCAGGAGAGACUCGACGCCGUCAUGGCGGUCGUCUCGGGACAGAGCAGCCCGAACCCAUCGUACGCGGACAUCGCCAGGACCCCACCGACGAGCCAGCCCAGCAACGUACGAACCGUCACCUCGAUGAACACGACGCCUUCGACCUUCACCGACAGACUCUUCUGCACGAUCGACGCAUCCCGCGUGGAGGAGACGGACAAGAACAAAGUGAACGCUGGCACUGUCAGGACGGCGGUGGAAAAGGAAAUAAGGACAAAGAAAGGGGACUGCAGUUGGAGGUGCAAGGCGGUGACGGUGGAUCCGAAGAAUGUGAGCAGGGUCAAGAUUGUCUGGCAAGGCGGGCCACGACGUUCUGGGUGA